GAAUUGGUGUCUUAUAUUCUAACCAACCAGUCUAAUUUAACAAACGAUAAAUUGUGAAAUGUGAAUGGUCUUUAUCAUUCCAUAUUUGUUGACAAUGAAUAAUAUUCCAUUUCUGUCACUGUAACUUCAUCAUAUGAAAUUUUCUGAGAAGCUGAAAACCGCGUUUUAAAGGAACCAACUGAAAAUGACACUUCAGUCAUUUGCCAUGUAGUUUCUAAAUCUUCUUUCAAAAGCUGUGUUUUUCUCCUUCAUCACUAAUCUAUACAUGCCAUAAAUGUCAAAAGAAACGACAAUUAGAAAAUGUUGAAGAUUAAUCAUAUUGCUUCAAUUUAAACACUGCAAGAAAAUGACAUUAAAAGCCAUUACUUUCUUUGCUCUUUUCUGUACUCUGAACUGAGCUUGAUGCUAUGGGGAAGAAGCUUGAUGCUCUGUUUGGAAGAAGCUUCAAAGCCACAAAGUUCAUCCCACUCGUCAACCUUGCCAUUGCUCGCCUCGCUGUUCUCAAGAACCAAAGAGAAACACGAUCCAAACAAGCCCUUUCUGAUGUUCUUCAACUCCUCCAACUCGGUCACCAUGAACGAGCUUUGCUUCGAGUUGAGCAUGUGAUCAAGGAGCAAGAUAUGAUGGAUGUGUAUGAUAAGAUUGAAGGAUACUUCAACCUCUUGAUCGAAAGGGUUCGCCUCAUUGAACAAGAAAGAGAAUGUCCUGAGGAGCUUAAGGAGGCCAUAGCAGGUUUACUGUACGGAGCAUCAAGGUGUGGAGAAUUUCCAGAGCUCCAAGAAAUUCGUGCAGCUUUAACAUGUCGCUUUGGUAAAGAAUUCACAGCUCGUUCUGUUGAGUUACGCAACAAUUGUGGUGUCCAUCCUCAGAUGGUCCAAAAGCUGUCAACAAGGAUGCCAAACUUGGAGAGAAGAAUGAAGGCACUAAAAGAAAUUGCUGCUCAGAACAGUAUUGUUCUGCAGCUUGAAGAAGCUUCUUCCUUAUCUUUUGAGGAACAACUGAAUGCAAAAACACAAAACCAACCUGAACUUAAGCUCAGGGAGAAACAGGACCUUCACAUUUUACCUGAAGGAGGAAAUUUUGAUUGGUUAUCUGAUUCCUUUAAGGCUAGAGAAAAGUACAAGGAUGUUGCUGAUGCAGCACAGGCAGCUUUUGAGUCUGCAGCAAAUGCAGCAGCAGCUGCUAGAGCAGCAAUGGAACUCUACCGGUCCGAACCACAUGAUAAUGAUGAUCCGAGUGAUGGUACUAGCCCUCAACAAAGAAAAGUAUUGAAUGGGCGCGAUCCUGUAAAUGCUGCGUCUCAACUUGAACACAAUGAAACUCUCAGUGAAAACCAAGGAGAAGAGGAGUCAGACAGGAGUGCAGAGAGGUUGGGAAAGCAAGAAUACAUUUCAAGAUCAGAUUCAGGUCAUGAGGUUUUGAAGCAGAACAGUGUGCCUAUGAAUGAAGAAGUUGAGGUUGAGGUUGAAAGUCAAGAAAAAGAGCUACCUUUCAGUGCUGACAUGGAGGUUGGACCAAGCUCCAGGCACCAAGCUCCAAAUCCAGUGUCAGCAUCCAAGAUGCAGAGCACACCACAGUUGGACUUGCAGAAGAGGCCGUUUUCUGUGCGGACGAGACAUGUGCGGACUUACUGAGCAGAAAUCUUCAGUUGUGCCACUGCCAUCCGCUGGCUGUGCUCAGAAUUUAUAAAUACUCACCAAAAUGAGACAUUGUUGAAUAUCUUACCUGGGUUAGCUUGUGUGCCAGAAGUUUUUACAUGUUUCUGCAAGAUAGAUAAUAUUAUUGUGUGUGUAUAUUCAUUCAUAAUUAAUUUGGUCUAUUAUCUAGUUGUUUAUGGACUGAAUCUCCUUACAAGAUUAUUUUUUCCUCCAAAAUAAAGGAGCCCAUUUUCGUCUUCA